AUGGCUAAGGGGAAAGCGUCAAAUGCAGGGUUGUAUAUGCCACUGCCUAUUCCAACUCAGCCUUGGACUGAUGUCAGUAUGGACUUCAUUUUGGGACUACCAAGGACGCAGAGAGGUAACGAUUCAAUUUUUGUUGUCGUUGACCGGUUUUCUAAGAUGAGUCACUUCAUUGCCUGCAAGAAGACGACUGAUGCAGUAGCGGUGGCUCAGCUGUUCUUCAGAGACGUAUACCAUCUCCACGGCUUACCCUCUUCUAUUGUCUCGGACAGAGACACGCAAUUCCUAAGUCACUUUUGGCGCUCUGUGUGGAAGCUGUUGGGUACGAUUUUGGAUAUGAGCACUACUUAUCACCCUCAAACUGAUGGGCAAACGGAGAUUACAAAUAGAGCGCUUGGAAACAUGUUACGGAGUUUGGUGGGAGACAAUAUCAAGAGUUGGGAAUCGAAGUUGCCUCAAGCAGAGUUUGCACAUAAUCAUGCGAACAACAGAAGUCUCGGAUUUUGUCCCUUUCAGGUUGUCUAUGGCGUUAUUCCACGAGAGCCUUUGGACCUAUCAAUGCUACCAGACAAGACCAGGAUGUAUGGUUCUGCAGUGGAUUUUGUUAAUUCAGUCCAGGAGAUACACACAAAGGCCAUUGACAACCUCCACGGUUCUGCUAUCAAGUACAAACGAGCAGUGAAUAAGCACAGACAGGAGCUGCUUUUCGAGCCAGGGGACUUGGUUUGGGUGGUUCUCACAAAGGAUAGAAUGCCCCUGCAUGAGUACAACAAACUACGAUCACGCAAGAUUGGCCCGGUCAAGGUACUCGAGAGAAUCAACCCCAAUGCUUAUCGUCUUGAAUUGCCUGCGCAAAUCCAUACGGCGAAUGUCUUCAAUGUCAAACAUCUUAGUCGUUUUGUUGGAGAUAAUGAGGGUCCAGAUUCAGAGGCGAAUCUCCUCUCAAGCCCGGAGACCUGA